UUUUCAUUUCUCUAUAUAAAGCAUUCCAAGCCUUUCUUGUUUUCCCAUCACAAGUCACACAACAUAUCAAAAUGGAAAUGAAGAAGCUCUUGUUUGUCUCCUUAUCCCUUGCUUUGGUUUUAGGAAUAGCUAAGAGCUUUGAUUUCGAGGAGAAUGAUUUAGCAUCAGAGAAAAGUUUGUGGGAUUUGUACGAGAGAUGGAGAAGUCACCACACAGUUACUCGAAGCCUUGAUGAGAAGAAUAAUCGUUUUAACGUGUUCAAAGCCAAUGUUAUGCAUGUUCAUAAUACCAAUAAAUUAGAUAAACCUUAUAAGCUUAAGUUGAAUAAGUUUGCUGACAUGACUAAUUACGAAUUUAGGAGCAUCUAUGCUGAUUCUAAGGUUAAUCACCAUAGAAUGUUCCGUGGCAUGUCACAUGACAAUGGGCCGUUCAUGUAUGAGAAUGUGGAGGGUGUUCCUUCUUCGAUUGAUUGGAGGAAGAUAGGUGCUGUCACUGGUGUAAAGGAUCAAGGCCAAUGCGGUAGUUGCUGGGCUUUUUCAACUAUUGUAGCUGUUGAAGGUAUUAACCAAAUCAAGACACAAAAACUAGUAUCCUUGUCGGAGCAAGAACUUGUGGAUUGUGACACUGAAGUGAAUCAAGGAUGCAAUGGCGGGUUAAUGGAAUAUGCAUUCGAGUUCAUCAAGCAAAAUGGCAUAACAACAGAAACCAAUUAUCCUUAUGCUGCAAAAGAUGGAACCUGUAAUAUACAAAAGGAGAAUAAACCAGCAGUGUCAAUUGAUGGCCAUGAGAAUGUCCCUGCUAACAAUGAAAAAGCAUUGUUGAAAGCUGCUGCCAACCAACCUAUUUCUGUAGCUAUUGAUGCUGGGGGAUCUGAUUUCCAGUUUUAUUCAGAGGGAGUAUUUACUGGACACUGUGGUACUGAGCUGAAUCAUGGGGUAGCAAUUGUGGGGUAUGGAGCAACUCAAGAUGGAACAAAAUAUUGGACAGUGAAGAACUCUUGGGGAAGUGAAUGGGGAGAACAGGGUUACAUUAGAAUGCAAAGGGCCAUAUCUCAUAAGCAAGGUCUAUGUGGCAUAGCUAUGGAGGCUUCCUAUCCAAUCAAAAAGUCAUCUAAAAACCCAACAAAAAGUUCACUUCCGAAAGAUGAGCUUUAAAUGAUGCCAUUGCAACAAGAAAUAAUAAUGUUUGUAAUUCAUAUAUGCUUCCUAUGUCUAAGUAUACAUCGAUGUUCUUAUGUUAGGAUUGCGUCCCAUAGAAAUAGAAAUAAUGUGUGUUUGCAUUUGAUUGUUUGUAUUAUUUAUUCAUCACUGAUUUCUAUUAAGAAAUGUAA